AUGGACUCAGGAGAUAAUCGAGAAAUCGAAAAGAAUGAUGAAUCGCGGAAUCCAACCAGCUCUUCUGGGCCAUUGACUUCUUCAAAAGAGGAUUUUUUCGCUGCACUUGCUGCGCAAAAUCAAGAUUUAAUCAAUCAAAUGCUCUCUUCCUGCCUUUCCAAUCCCGUUCCAAACAAAACAUCGAGUUUCGACAAAUGGAAAAAGAAGGUUCUGAAGAACCAAGAAAAUAAUCCAGAAUACGGACCCAAAGAAAUUGCCACAUUUCCAAGCCAAUGCCUUGCAAUUACCAGGUCUAUCGGUUGCCAGAAUUUUGUGCAUUUUGGAAUUAAAAACAAUUCAAACACGCCAAUCAAAUACUCUGUGAACUUGACGAACCAAUUUCUGGAAAUUGUUGGCAAUUCUGAAGGCGUUGUGGAUAUUGGCUGCACGGUUCGGGUUCCAAUUCUCUGCAAAUUUGACUCCCAUGCUCCGGUUGACGACGAGUUGAUUUUGAAAUUCGGAGAGUCCGAAAAAAUCUUCACACGAAAAAAAUCUGCGAUGGACAACUGUGGUAAGGGAAAUAAGAGACUCAGUAAGCAAGUGAGCUCACGGAGACAGAAGAUCAGGAAAAAUAGGAUUACUGAAGCUGUUCUAGGAACCAAAAUACGACUAUUUGAAGAUGCAGACAUUAAGACACUGUCUGUUUUUCUUCUUCUUCAAUUAUUCUUCUUCAAUCCUCCAUCAGAUCAGCGUCAGAAGAUUCAAGAACAAGUAGAUUCGGUAUCCGACAACUCAAAAAGUGAUAUUGAUGACGAACCCGUUCCAAAAAUACAGAAAUUUGUGUUAUCUGAUGACUCAGAAGAUGAUGAGCAAGAUUCUGACGAUGACAAAACUCCUCCUUUGAAUCAGAGUCAAAAGAUUCAGAAUCGAGUAGAUAUGGAUUCCAGCAGCUCUGAAAGUGAUAGUGAUGACGAACCUAUCCCAAAAAUACAACUAUUUGUGAUUUCGGACGACUCAGAAGAUGACAAUGCUCAACGAAAACAAUCACUCAACAAAAACCGCCUCAGAAUGGCUUGGGGUGAAUCAGAUUCAGAAGAUGACCACGCCCCACUUCCAAACAUACCGAAAUUUGCGAUUUCGGACGACUCUGACGAUGAUGAGCAAGAUUCUGACGAUGACUCCAGCUCUGAAAGUGAUAGUGAUGACGUACCUAUCCCAAAAAUACCAUUAUUUGUGAUUUCGGACGACUCAGAAGAUGAAAAUCCUCAACAAAAACUGCGCCGCAACAAAAACCGUCGCCGAAUAAAUUGGCAAGAAUCAGAUUCAGAAGAUGAGCAUGCCCCUCUUCCAGAGAUACGGAAAUUUGUGAUUUUGGACGACUCCGACAAUGAUGAGCAAGAUUCUGACGAUGAUGAAGAUGCCGUUUUCCAUUCUGAUAACUUGAGAACCGCUACACAGCCAAAUAGGGACCUCAUGAGGAUCGAUUUGGGCGAUUCAGAUUCCAAAGACGAACAGAAUUCGACUGUCGAUUUUCAAGGCUUGAAUGCAGCUACAACAAAUGAGAGUUUUCUCAAAAUCGACUGGGACGAUUCAGAUUUAGAAGACAAAUUCGACAUAUUCAUGUUCAGGACAACCUGCUCUGCUGCGAAUUGCGAUUAA